AUGCUUAUUAGUGAUACAAAACGACAAAUUGUCAAUGAGUUACACAAACCCGCCCGAAAGAAUUUUAGAAGAAGAAGAACCAUAAUAAAAGGGUUUGCAGACUUAUGGCAAAUCGACUUGGCUGAAAUGCAAGAUUUUGCGAACAAAAAUAAAGGUCAUCGAUAUAUACUCAUAGUAAUUGAUUGUUAUUCUAAAUAUGUUUGGGCCAAACCGUUAAAGAAAAAAACAGCUAUGGAGGUUUCUACAGCGAUGAAAAAUAUUCUUAGAGAAGCUACUUAUUCCCCAACAAACUUACAGAGCGAUCAAGGGCUUGAAUUUUACAACCGUCAAUUCUCUACACUGAUGCAUCAGUAUGGUAUAAAUCAUUAUUCCACAUUCAGCACAAAAAAAGCAGCAAUGGUAGAACGUGUAAUUAGAACCCUGAAAAAUUGGAUAUACAAAGAAUUUUCUGCAAGAGGUAAUUAUAGGUGGAUUAACAUUCUGCCUGAAAUUAUAAAAUCGUAUAAUAAUAGAGUUCAUCGUACAAUAGGAAUGAAACCUGUUGACGUAAAACGAUCAACGGAAUUAAAAGCUUACAAUCACCCCAAGAUUGUACAGAAACCAAAAUUCAAUGUAGCAGACAUUGUCCGAAUUAGCAAGUACAAAGGAGUGUUCCAGAAGGAAUAUACAGCUAAUUAUUCAACAGAACUCUUCAAAGUGGUUAAAGUAAAUAUAACAAAUCCUACAACGUAUGUGUUAGAAGAUAUGCAGGGAAGACAGAUUAAAGGAUGUUUCUACAAAUAUGAGUUGCAAAAAACCAAAUAUCCCGAAGUAUAUUUACUAGAGAAGGUUUUGAAAAGAAAGGGCAACAGAUUGUUUUGUAAGUGGCUGGGUCUUCCCAACACUCAAAAUUCAUGGAUCAACAAGGCAGAUAUAGUUUAA